GCGGGGCGCAGCGGCCGCCAUGGCCGCCGAGGUGAAGGCCAAGCUCUCCAAGAACCUGCUGCGCAUGAAGUUCAUGCAAAGGAGCUUGGAUUCACAAACUAAAAAACAGCUAGAAGAGGAAGAAAAGAAGAUAAUUAGUGAAGAACAUUGGUAUCUUGAUUUACCAGAUCUUAAGGAAAAAGAGAGCUUUAUAAUAGAAGAGAGGAGCUUUAUGCCGUGUGAGGAUCUGCUUUAUGGCAGGAUGUCCUUUAAAGGAUUCAAUCCGGAAAUUGAGAAGUUAAUGGUACAAAUGAACUCUAAGUCCAAGAAAGAAGAAAUCGAAGUGGAUGAUAAAAUGGAGGCUGAUGUGUCAGAUGAAGAGAUGGCCAGAAGAUAUGAAACAUUAGUGGGAACAAUAGGGAAGAAAUUCUUGAAAAAGAGAGACCAGCGUGUGCUCCAAGAUGAAGAUGAAGAUGAGAAUAGUGACACAAGACCUAGCAAAGCUAAGAAAAUGUUCUUAAAACCCCAGGAUUAAUGUGAACUGCACAACUGGAGUUAAUAGAAACGUUAUCUACCAAAUACAGUACCAUGAACUGGAGAUUGUUUGGAUUUUUUACUAUGUAAUGUAAAGGGUAGGUUUGUAAAUCUGAGUCUGUUCUCAUUGAAAUUUCUGCCAUCCACACACAAAAACAUUUUUCAAAGUGGAUGUGUUUGCAAUGGAUGUCAUACAUCCUUUCCUCUCAGAGCAAUUCUAGUGGGUAUGGGGCAUUAAGCCCAGUGGCCAUUUUAAAUGCUGCAUAUGAAUAGGAUGAAUGUUAUAUACCACUGAGAGCAACAGUAUUUACAUUUUAUAAUCAUAUCUGGAAAAAGUGGAGUAAAAGAUUACCUCUG